AUGGCCCUUGAAAAAAUAAAAGAAGUUAUAACAUCUACUUAUAACAGUAAAAUAGCAGGAACCAACGAAAUUGCAGCAGAAAUCUCGGACGAUGACCGCAUGUCCCUGACGACGGCAGUCUCCGAUGAAGAUGACGGUGAGAGCGUUAUGAACUCUCCUUACAAGGCGAAACAAACUGGCACUGCUGCUGCUUCGUUCAACUGCACAGGCGCCGUCAGAAAAGCAGGCGUCGAUUUAGGACAGAUGUCCAACAACUGA